UGAGAAAGUCUUUUGGGUUUUCGGUAGUUGGGGAAGGCCGGAGUUCUGCAGCUUUAAUCUGGGUAACUAAGGCUGGUAUAAUCUGGGUAACUAAGGCUGGUUUGAGCAAGACUUUGGUAAAUUAACUGGGUUCUCAGAUGCCACAGACUCCGAGAGAAGUCACCAUUAUUUUUAGUGGCCGUGAUGGAGUCCCCCUGUAGCCAUUACUUUAAGAUUACAUGCAGAGUUGCUUUAUUUUGAGCUUUUUGUGUACACACAAUCCCAAACUGGAAAAACUUAAAAAGGAAUCCUGCUGUGAAAGGUAUAUAUUACUCUAGAUUUUUCUUACUGUAAAUAUUGUAAGAUUGUAAUACUGUCAAUAUUUUAUUAACCAACAAAUGUUAAUCUAUGUGAAAUCAGACUUAUUUUAAAUGUGCUUCUUAUUUACUGUGUGUGGUCCCUGUUGCUGACAGUAUUAAGUUAUAUUCUGAUGUAAGAUUAACUUUAUUAAAGAAUGUAAACAUUAAUGUUUCCUUAUGGGAAAACAAAUAAAGUAUAAAGAAGACAAUUCUUUUUAUUGAAAUAUACUGUGUAUUUACACUUGCUAGACCCAGCACCACUUAUAAACUUAGUCCACUGUCCAGUUUCAGUUAACACAGCUGACACGGUUGUGCUCCACUUGAAAGUUUAAGCCUUGGUAUUGUUGGAAUAUAAACAGUUUGUAUUUGUCUGCUGUGAAUCACCUUGAAAUUUCUAAUCAAGUUUGUAAAAUUUUUAUAGUAAAACAUUUUAAUGACAAUUUAAAAAUUAUCUUCUCUAAAGAAUGGUCAAAACAAUGUCCUUUCAGAAAUAGAGCUGCUCUUUACUGUCUUUCCAAAUGAUGUUGGUUAAAUGGACCAGGUGUAUAUUAGUUAAAGUCUAGGGCUAAGUUCUUGAUAUUCUUUGAGUUUACAAGUUAAUCCUUAUUGGAGUUGUGCCAAUAUACAAUAGAAUAUCAUUAAUUUGCACUGUUUGGGGACCCCAUUUAAGAAUGCUGAAUUUUUGCCAACUAAAAAGUAAGCAAAUGCAAUUUAAAAAGUAAAUUUGAGCAUUCUGUGUUAAAUAUGUGCAGUUAUUAUCAUAUGAAGAAGCGCAGUGUGUUGGGCUGUAAUAUAACCAUAUUUGCUGUCAUGUUCUCCCAUCUCAGUGCUGGGAACUCACCAUGUGGAAACCAAGCAACCGUGUUGUGCAUCAGCCGGCUUGAGUUUGUUCAAUAUCAAAGCUGAAGCUAGCGAGGUCUGCUGUACUGCUUAUUGAAGUAUUGUGAUUCUUUUAGGCAUUGGUUCUUACAAAAUAUAUACUGUAACAGUAUACUUUGUACAGAUUUAAAUUUUAUUUGAAAAAAUGAAAUAAAGUAGGC